AUGUCCAAACCGCUCACUGACCAGGACAGGAGGAAGCAGAUCUCGGUCCGGGGGCUGGCCGGGGUGGAGAAUGUGGCCGACCUGAAAACCAAUUUCAACAGACACCUCCACUUCACGCUGGUCAAGGACCGGAACGUGGCCACCCGGCGGGACUACUACUUCGCGCUGGCCAACACGGUCCGGGACCACCUGGUGGGCCGCUGGAUCCGGACCCAGCAGCACUACUACGACAAGGACCCCAAAGUAAGCCGCAAAGGAUGCCGCAGUCCCGUCCGCACGCACGCACGCGCGCGCGCGCGCGCACACAGCGGUGAGGGGGAGGGGGGGGGGGGGCGGGGCGUUGGGCUGUUCUGCAGAAGAGAGACCGCCAUUCCGUUCGCGCGUGCACGUGCGUGCAUCAGUGCGUGUGAACCUCUCUCCGCAUCCAUUUAUAGACACUUUCCGGGUUCUUCUUCCCUCCCCCGCAUUGUCCCCCCACAGGUGGAGGAGGCUGACGACUGGCUGCGUUACGGUAACCCGUGGGAGAAGGCGCGCCCUGAGUACAUGCGCCCGGUCCACUUCUACGGCCGGGUGGAGCACACAGCGGAGGGAGUGAAGUGGGUGGACACACAGGUGGUUUUGGCUCUUCCUUAUGACACUCCAGUUCCCGGCUACAGAAACAACAUUGUGAACACCAUGAGACUGUGGUCUGCAAAGGCUCCCUGUGAAUUUAACCUCAAAGACUUUAACGUUGGUGGAUACAUCCAGGCUGUGCUUGACAGAAACCUGGCUGAGAACAUCUCCAGAGUUCUGUACCCUAAUGACAACUUUUUUGAAGGAAAGGAGCUCCGUCUGAAGCAGGAGUACUUUGUUGUAGCUGCGACUCUGCAAGACAUCAUCCGUCGAUUCAAAGCCUCAAAGUUUGGCUCCACGGAAUAUGUGCGCAUGGACCUUUCUACUAUGCCAGAAAAGGUGGCCAUCCAGCUAAAUGACACUCACCCAGCUCUGGCUAUUCCUGAGCUCAUGAGGAUUCUGGUGGAUACUGAGAAACUCUCCUGGGAGGAGGCCUGGGACAUUGUGACCCGCACCUGUGCCUACACCAACCACACCGUCCUGCCCGAGGCCCUGGAGCGCUGGCCCGUUGACCUGUUCCAAAACCUGCUCCCUCGACAUCUGGAGAUCAUUUACGAAAUCAAUAGAAGACAUCUGGAGCGCAUCAGUAAACUUUACCCCGGAGAUCACGACCGUCUGCGCAGAAUGUCUCUGAUUGAGGAAGGGGACGCGAAGAAAAUCAACAUGGCCCACCUGUGCAUCGUGGGGUCUCACGCUGUCAACGGAGUGGCCCGCAUCCACUCUGAAAUCAUUAGAAAUACGGUGUUCAAGGAUUUCUACGAAGUUGACCCCGAAAAGUUUCAGAACAAGACCAAUGGCAUCACACCCAGGCGCUGGUUGGUCAUGUGCAACCCCGGCCUAGCUGACGUCAUCGCUGAGGAGAACAAGAUGAAGUUUGCUGCCCAUCUUGAAGAGCAGUACAAAGUAAAGAUUAAUCCCAAUUCCAUGUUUGACGUCCAAGUAAAGAGGAUCCAUGAGUACAAAAGGCAGCUGCUCAACUGCCUGCACAUCAUCACGAUGUAUAACCGCAUCAAGAAGGAGCCCAACAAGGCAUGGACUCCUAGGACUGUCAUGAUUGGAGGAAAGGCAGCUCCGGGGUAUCACACAGCCAAGAUGAUCAUCAAGCUGAUCACAUCCAUUGGGGACAUUGUCAAUAACGAUCCAGUGGUGGGAGAUCGUCUCAAAGUAAUCUACUUGGAGAACUACAGAGUUACUCUGGCUGAAAAGGUCAUCCCUGCGUCUGACCUGUCGGAGCAGAUCUCCACUGCAGGAACUGAAGCGUCUGGCACGGGGAACAUGAAGUUCAUGCUGAACGGGGCCCUCACCAUCGGCACCAUGGAUGGAGCCAAUGUGGAGAUGGCAGAGGAAGCGGGGGAGGAAAACCUCUUCAUCUUUGGCAUGAGGGUGCAUGAUGUGGAGGCUCUGGACAAGAAGGGCUACGAUGCCGUGUCGUACUACAACCGCAUUCCAGAGCUGAAGCUGGCAAUGGACCAGAUAUCCGGAGGCUUCUUCAGUCCCAGCCAGCCGGGUCUUUUUAAAGAUCUGGUCAACAUGCUGAUGCACCACGACAGGUUCAAAGUGUUUGCAGACUAUGAGGAUUACAUCAAAUGUCAGGAGAAAGUCAGUGCUCUCUAUAAGAAUCCCAAAGAGUGGACCCAAAUGGUGAUCCGUAACAUUGCCGGCUGUGGGAAGUUCUCCAGCGACCGGACUAUUUCCGAGUAUGCCCGGGAGAUCUGGGGAAUAGAGCCCAGUCUGGAGAAGAUCGCUGCCCCAGAUGACCCUCGCUAA